GCGCGCGCCCUCGUGAUGGACGCGCAGUGUGCCGCGGGCACCGCGACCGCGACCAUGCUCCACGACGGCGGUGGCUCCGAGGCCGCCGACGACGCCAAAAUCGACGGCAUCCUCAUCGACGCCCCCGGCGCAGCGAACGACAAGCCCAAGCGAAAGACCGUCCGCUUCAACGACCAGAAACUGACUGAAAACUUCUAUAUUCCAGCCAUCCGCAUCAACGGAUCGGGUGAAGACGACGAAGACGACCUCGACGAUUUUGAGUUCGAGGACUCGUACGGCGGGGACGACCUGGACGUGCCCGAUGUGGACGAACUUGAGGACGACAACGACGCUAUGGGCAACAACCACACAAGCAUUCCGCCACCUGACGUCUUGGAGGACGCGCUCCAGGACGCGGAGGCCUCCCCAGACGACGAGGACGUCUGCCUCGUGGAGCUGGAGGACAGCGACGAGGCCCUGGAGGACGCGCUGGAGAACGGCGUCUCCAUCGUGGAGAUAACAGAAGCCAGCGAGGAGCUCUCGGACGCUGGCGACGACGUCACCGUGGUGGAGACGGAGGCCGUCCCGGACAUCGACCUCUCCACCGCGGUGGUGGAGGAUGGGGCAGCCAGCGACGUGCCAUCCCUGGAGGACGACAUGGACGCUGUCGCGGAGAACGACACCGACGCCGUCCUGGUGAACGGCACGGACGCUGUCGCGGAGAACGACACCGACGCCGUCCUGGUGAACGGUACGGACGCCGUCGCGGAGGACAGCACCGAUGCUGUCCUGGUGAACGGACACUCUGGCCCGGAGGACUCCAGUGACAUGACUGAGCCGGAAGGACACUGUGAAGUGCCGCAAGAGGAAGUGAUGAUCGCCGUGGAGGCGAAACCAGUGACUGCCGAGAACGCUGCGUCGGCGACCAGCGACCAAGCGGCGCCCAACGUCCCCGACGAAGUGGAAAGGCGGCAGCAGGCGCUACAGCUGCAGGUGGCCGAGCUGGGCGCCAAGCUCUCGGCCAAGGAGCAGGAGGCCACGCAGCUGCAUCAGAAGCUCGCCGCGCUGGAGCAGCAGUCCACGGGAAGGGCGGCAGCUGCGAAUAAGCUCCAAGCCGACCUGGACGCGGCGCGGAAGGAGGCCGAGGACACCAAGGAGAAGUUGAAGCAGCUGGAGGCCGACCUGGCGGGCUUCAAGACCAGCAACGAGGAGCUCAACAAGACGCUGGGGGACAAACUGCAGCAAGAUGCGCAGGACAAGGCGGACAGCGAGGCGCUGGAGAAGCUCAAGGCGCGCGUCGCCGAGCUGGAGAAGCUCCUGGAGGAGACCCGCGCCGAGCGCGCCGCCCUGGAGGAGGCCCUAGCCAAGGCCGUGGCCGAGGUGGAGGCGGAGCGCGACGCGCUGGACGAGGCCCUGGAGGAGGCCCUGGACGACACGUCGGCGCGCUUCCAGAAGGAGUUCGAGGAGCUGCGCACCGUGCACGCCGACAGGGAGCAGCAGCUGCUCGCCGACCUGGAGUGGAAGCUGCGUGAGGUGCAGGCCGCCAGCAAGAAGAAGGUCGACGAGAAGGACAAGACGGUGCGCGAGCUGCUGGCCAAGGUCACCAACCUCGAGGACACCGCCAGCAAUGCGGAGAAGCACGCCGCCGCGGCCCGCGCCGAGACGGAACAGCUCCGGGGCCUCAACAUCGAGCAGCAGCGCGCGCUGCGGCUCAACACCCGGGACAUGGAGCAGCUGCAGGUCAACGAGAAGGUCCUCAAGGAGGAGGUGGGCCGGCUGCGCGCCGCGCUGGACCGGGAGAAGGUGCACAUCGACGCCAUCAUGGAGCGGCACGCCACGGACCUGGCCGAGACGGAGCGGGAAUGCCAAGCCAAGGUCGAGCAGACCAAGAAGAGCACAGCGGAGCAGUGGGAGGCGCGCAUGCACGUGGAGGUGAUCCGACUGCAGGCGGACCUAGAGCAGGCGCACGCCGAGGACAAGGUGGCCGCGCUGCACGCCCAGGCGCACGAGCUGGGCCAGGACGCGGAGCGGCAGCGCAAGCAGCUGCAGAAGAGCCUGGACAUCGCCAACGCCGAGGUGGAGACGCUCACGCAGAAGCUGACGGAGAGGGAGGCCCAGCUGAACCGCGAGCUGGAGCGGCUGCAGACCAGCGCGGACCGCGACGUCUUCGGGCUGCGCCGCCAGCUGGACAAGAUCGACCUCAAGUACCAGGAGCAGAUCGAAGCCAUGAGCAAGCGGCACGAGGAGGAACUCGAGAAACUGCGGGCGGAGCACGAGAAGCGCAUGUCGGCGUGCGAGCAGGGCUACCAGCUGCAGAGCGCGUCCACGCGCGCCACCCUGGAGCUGGUCAAGGAGCAGAUGCGGCGCGACUCGGAGGCCGCGCAGGAGCAACUGGCCGACCAGCACCGCCGCAAGCUCGAGGAGCAGGUGCAGGCGAAGCGGCGGCUACAGGCUCAGGUGAGCCAACUAUCCCAGGCUUUGGAGGUGGCUAAGGAGGCCGAGCCCAAGCAGGAGCAGCUGGCGCUGCAGGUGGCCAGUCUGCAGACGGAGCUGAAGCAGGCGGGGAGCAGCCACAAGGAGGCCCUCCUCAAGCUCCAGGAGGAGGCCACCAGGAACGUCAGAGCGAAAGAGAGAGAGCUCGCCGAGGCAAGGAAGCAGGCGGAGGAGGACAAGAGGAAGCUGCGCGCGGAGCUCACCAAGGAGGCCGAGGACAAGGUGGCCAAGCUGCAGCAGCGCGUCGAGUCGCUGACGUCGCAACUCAAGGAGCGGCCCGACGACCGCGCGCAGAUCGAGGACCUGCGCCGCACCUGGUGGCCAAGGACGCCGCCCUGGAGAGGCUCCGGGCGUCGCCGCGGCCGGAGGACGCCGCCGCGCUGCAGCAACUCAAGGACGCCGUCACGGAGUACAAGACCGUGGCCGAGGGGCUGCGGCGGUCGCACGCCGACCAGCUUAAGGCCGCGGCGGCAGAGCGCGACAGCCUGCAGCGUGACAAGGAGGCCGCCCUCAAGGAGAGGGACGGCGCGAUGCGAGUCAAGGAGGCCGCCCUCAAGGACCGGGACGCGGCGCUGCGGAAGUCCCAGAGCAACCCCCGGCCCCAGGACGCCCAGAAGCUGGACGAGCUGCGGAAGCUGCUCAAAGAGAAGGACCUCGAAAUACACAGGUUGCACAACGAGGAGCUGUCGCCGCUGCGCAAGAAGGUGCAGGAGGCCGCGGAGAAGGAGGCCGAGCUGCAGAGGGCGCGUCGGGAGGCGUCGCAGGCCAGGGACUCGCUGGGCGAGCUGAAGAAGGCCCUCGCCGAGAAGGAGGACGCCAUCGCCAAGCUGAAGCAGCGUGAGGAGGGCGGCAAGAAGCUGAAGCAGAGCGCGGCGCAGGUCGAGGAGCUCAAGAAGGCCCUGGCGCAGAAGGACGCCGCGCUGGCCAAGGCCGCCGCCGAGGCCGCCCAGCUGCACAAGGCCCUCGCGGACAAGGCGACGGCGGACGCGGCCCGGCUCGCCGAGCUGCAGAGA